AUGGACUGGAGAGAACAAGUGUUCAACAUUUACGAACAAAAACCCCAAAAGCAGCUGCCAACAAGUCCUCCAUUCGGUGGCACCACGACCAGCAGCAGCAGCAGCAGCCAAGCAUCAUGGAAGCAAAUCCCUCCAAACCCUUAUCAAGUUCAGCGAAAGAAGAUAAAGUUCAUCUGCAGCUUUGGCGGCGUGUUCUUACCAAGGCCAAGUGACGGGGAGCUCCGGUACGUUGGUGGCGAGAGGCAUCUGGUUCGGAUUGACCGAGACAUGUCAUGGCGCGAGCUGACCUGCAAGACAACAAAGCUAAUCAGGCGGGAUCACACGAUCAAGUACCAUCUCCCAGGGGAGCAACUGAACAUGCUCAUUUCCAUCACCUCUGACGAUGACCUUCGCAACAUGAUUGAUGAGUGCAUAUUUCUAGAAGCAAGCAGAGAGAGACUUACCAUGUACCUUUUCUCCGCGAACGAGGAUGAGCAUGGUGUGCACUUCCUUGUCGCACGCUCAUCAUCCGAGGCAGAAAAGGAAGCACACUUCAUUGCUCUCGUCAAUGGACUCGCCGCACCAAUUGUGGCAUCAAGAAUGCACAGCCUUGGGAGCAUGUCAGCCAGUGAUCUAGAUCAGGUGAUGCUUGGCGCCAAAGAGGAUAGGUUGCCGGCAGGCAUGGAAGAGGAAUAUUCAAUGCACAUCAAAGGCAAGCCCUCGCAAGGGAUCGUUGUAGAACUGCCAAAAACAUCAAGUGGGCCGCUGGAGAAGACACUUCCAACACCAAAAUUCCUGACACGGAAGGCCAGAAAAGAUAAUGUGCAAAACAGGGAAGGCAACCUGAUCACCUCUGGUAGAAAUGUUCACUUUGGUCCAUGUGUGCCAUCUGAAUCCACACAUGCAGCUACGAGAGGGACCAGUAGUGAUCAUGCUGUCUCAAGACAUCAGCCAGAAAUGCAGCAAACUACUACAACUAUAACUGGAAAGGGCCAUCAAGCUACAGGAUCUCAGGAAAAAGGAUCACUGAGAAAAGAGCUGCUGAUACCACUAGACAACAGCAAUGUGAACAUAUCAUCAUCUAAUUCAAGUCCAACACCCCAUACAAAUCAAUCCGUGUUUGUUAUACUUGAAUCUUCAUCAAGGGGCUCCCAGAAAACGGUGAAUCAACAAACAAGCUCUGACAAUAAGAAGAUGAGACCAAAAAGGAAUAGCACCCAGGAAGAAGGUAUAUCUCAUUCAGCAGCAGCAACAGAACCACCAAGAAAUAACAACAACUUCCAAUUGCAUAAUAAGACGGAGAUACCCGAACAUAGUCCUGAGUCUGCUUCUCCUAUGCACUGCCAUGAUGAUAUGGACAUCAGUUCAAACCUGCAUACUAUGGAGAAGUCAAUUGCAACCAACAGCAUGAAGCAGCAACAGCCUGCAGUUCCUAAUACGUGCGGUAACACUCCAGAGAAAGAUCAUCCAUCCAAGACUACCAGCAAUAGCAGUGAAACAUUACUUUCUAGCCCUUUUACAUCUUCAGACAAGAGAACUGAGCCGAAACCAAAUACUCUAGUGCGUGCUUUGAGCGAGAGACAACAAGAACGGCCCAAUGAACAACCGUCAAAAGUGAUCAAGUCUCGGUCAGUUGGUGCUAAUAGUCCUCAGAUCAUAGUUCUGCCACAAGAAGCUAAAGACAACAUCGCACCGUUGAUCUCAGAGCAUGAAGAACAUGAAACCAAGAACAGUGAACAAGAUAGUCUGAAAAAUGCAGAGUUGGGCAGAGGUCUUACAAGUAAUGUCCAGAUAAUAAGCAAUGAGGACCUCGAAGAUCUCCGUGAGAUGGGAUCCGGUGCAUUCGGAACAGUUUUCCAUGGAAAAUGGAAGGGGACUGAUGUUGCUAUUAAACGGAUAAAGAAUACUUGCUUUAUGUUAUCAUCACCUCAAGCCGAUAAGCUGAUUACGGAAUUUUGGAGAGAAGCAGCCAUCCUCUCGAAACUUCACCACCCAAACAUUCUGGCAUUUUAUGGAGUUGUAAAUAACGGACCUGAGGCAACAUUAGCUACUGUAACAGAAUUCAUGGUCAAUGGAUCUCUCAAGAAAAUCCUCCUUCGCAAGGACAAGUAUCUUGAUUGGCGCAAACGGAUAAUGCUUGCAAUGGAUGCAGCCAUUGGGAUGGAGUACUUGCACUCCAAGGACAUUGUCCACUUUGAUUUGAAAUGUGAUAACUUGCUAGUAAAUGUUAAGGAUCCAUCUCGUCCCAUUUGCAAGGUUGCUGAUUUUGGCUUAUCGAAGAUGAAACAAGCCACCCUUGUUUCUGGUGGAAUGAGAGGAACACUUCCAUGGAUGGCCCCGGAGUUGGUAACAAUGAGUAGCACUAAAGUAUCUGAAAAGAUUGAUGUCUAUUCUUUUGGCAUUGUAAUGUGGGAAAUUAUCACGGGCGAGGAUCCAUAUGAUGGCAUGCACUAUGGAGGAGUGAUAGGGGGUAUUUUGAGCAACACACUACGGCCACCGGUGCCAACUUCAUGUAACCCAGAAUGGAGGAAACUGAUGGAACAAUGCUGGUCAACUGAACCUGAGAGACGCCCUUCCUUCACUGAAGUUGCAUCUCGUCUCCGUACCAUCCUAGAAGCAAGCCAGAGAGAAUCUCCACGUUAA